CAUCUACACUUGAUUUGUGAUGCCUUGAACUGUUUUUGUUUUUAUUGUGCUGUCUACUGUUGUAAUGUUGCUUUAACUUGAUAUCCUCCUGUAAAGCAUGUGGUAACCUAGGUUUUUAAAGGUGCUAUAUGAAUGAAAUGUUACUUAUUGACUUACUCAGGAAAUGUUAUUUAAUGUUUUACAUCCAGCUGCAGAGGUUCCCCUCUGUUUCCCUACAGUUCUUAUCUCCAGUCAUCUUGAAAUUUAGGUUGUAAAUCACUGCAGCAGAAUGAAAUUAAUCAAUAACAGUUUUUCUAAAAUAGUUCAUUUAUAAAUCCCUAUAAACCUCAUGGUGGGUCUGAUCACUGAGACUUGAUCCUCCAUCACAGAUUUAUUUACUGAGCUAAUCUUUAGCUCAUCAGCUGGUUAGUUAGCAGCAUCUAGUGGACAGAGAAUGAAACUACACAUCUGAUCAGUGACGUUUCUGACACUGACUGGGUUUAGAUGUUCUAAAGGAAAGAUGUGACACUAUCUCACGACCAAAUUUAAAACUUAUUUAAGAAAUAAAAGCUUUUCUUCUUGUAGCCUUCAUCAAAUAACAAAACAAAGGGAUCACAAACCAGACCCGUUUUGACGUCACUCUGAUGUUUUUUAGACUCUGAAGUUAUGAGGAUGUGACGGCGUCCUCAGAUCAGAUGCACACAGACACCAGGACUGACGAGGAAGAAAUGAGCAGCUUCUUCUCUCCCAGUGUUUCCUCCACACAUGAAGGUGCAAAGUGUCUGUAAGUCGACCUGAAGUGAGUUCAGCAGGUGUGGGCUCUGCUAUGAAUCAGUGUGAGGACAGAGAGGAGGGAGUCCCUCCCUCUAAAAGCACUCUGUGUGGGGAACAUGACAGCCAGACCAAAGCUCAGAGCCCAGAGCAGCAGCAGGGACCAGACUCUGCUGGACCUGGACCUGGACCUGGAAUCGAGGGCGUUAAGAAUCUCCGGUUGAGGUUUGAACCUUGUAAGGUUAAAGGUGGACAGCAGUCUGCUAAGAAAAGCCCAGAGCAGCAGCAGGGACCAGACUCUGCUGGACCUGGACCUGGACCUGGAUCCAGCUGUGUGUCCAUCAAGAGUGACUGGUCUAUGGACAAACCUAUUGUCUUCAAAGGUGGACACCACUCUGCUGGACCUGGACCUGGACCCAGCUGUGUGUCCAUCAAGAGUGACUGGUCUAUGGACAAACCUAUUGUCUUCAAAGGUGGACACCACUCUGCUGAUCAAAGGAUCCAUCGGCAGAGACCAGAUUCUCCUGGACCCAGCUGUGUGUCCAUGAACAGCGACCGUCAUGUCCCUGUUCACUUCAAAGCUGGACAUAAUGAUGCUGAACAAAAAGUUGAUGAGCAGAGCUCAGAGGUUCCCAGUGGUCAGUCUGCCCAGCAGCAUCAAACAGACCUGGACUCCAUAUUUAUGCUGCUCCAGGAAAACAUUGGCAGGUUUGUGAAGAACGAGGUGAAGAAGUUCCAGAGAGUUCUGAGUCCAGAUUACCCAGAAUGCUUAGAGAGUCAGAGGGAGGAUGAGGAGGUGUUGGACGGUGAGGAGGAGGAGCAGAGGAGGAGCAGCAGAGAGGCAUUUCUGAAGAUCACACUGCACUUCCUGAGGAGAAUGAAGCAGGAGGAGCUGGCUGAGCGUCUGCAGAGCAGAACUGCUGCUGCAGUGUGCCGACGUAAACUCAAGUCUAACUUGAAGAAGAAGUUCCAGUGUGUGUUUGAGGGGAUUGCUAAAGCAGGAAACCCAACCCUUCUGAACCAGAUCUACACAGAGCUCUACAUCACAGAGGGAGGGACUGCAGAGGUCAAUGAUGAACAUGAGGUCAGACAGAUUGAAACAGCAUCCAGGAAACCAGACAGACCAGAAACAACCAUCAGACAAGAAGACAUCUUUAAAGCCUCACCUGGAAGAGAUGAACCAAUCAGAACAGUGAUGACAAAGGGAGUGGCUGGCAUUGGGAAAACAGUCUUAACACAGAAGUUCACUCUGGACUGGGCUGAAGACAAAGCCAACCAGGACAUACAGUUCACAUUUCCAUUCACUUUCAGAGAGCUGAAUGUGCUGAAAGAGAAAAAGUACAGCUUGGUGGAACUUGUUCAUCACUUCUUUACUGAAACCAAAGCAGCAGGAAUCUGCAGCUUUGAAGAGUUCCAGGUUGUGUUCAUCUUUGACGGUCUGGAUGAGUGUCGACUUCCUCUGGACUUCCACAACAAUGAGGUCCUGACUGAUGUUACAGAGUCCACCUCAGUGGAUGUGCUGCUGACAAACCUCAUCAGGGGGAACCUGCUUCCCUCUGCUCGCCUCUGGAUAACCACACGACCUGCAGCAGCCAAUCAGAUCCCUCCUGAGUGUGUUGACAUGGUGACAGAGGUCAGAGGGUUCACUGCCCCACAGAAGGAGGAGUACUUCAGGAAGAGGUUCAGAGAUGAGGAGCAGGCCAGCAGAAUCAUCUCCCACAUCAAGACAUCACGAAGCCUCCACAUCAUGUGCCACAUCCCAGUCUUCUGCUGGAUCACUGCUACAGUUCUGGAGGAGGUGUUGAAGACCAGAAAGAGAGGAGAGCUGCCCAAGACCCUGACUGAGAUGUACAUCCACUUCCUGGUGGUUCAGUCCAAACUGAAGAACGUCAAGUAUGAUGGAGGAGCUGAGACAGAUCAGCACUGGAGUCCAGAGAGCAGGAAGAUGAUUGAGUCUCUGGGAAAACUGGCUUUUGAGCAGCUGCAGAAAGGAAACCUGAUCUUCUAUGAAUCAGACCUGACAGAGUGUGGCAUCGAUAUCAGAGCAGCCUCAGUGUACUCAGGAGUGUUCACACAGGUCUUUAAAGAGGAGAGAGGACUGUACCAGGACAAGGUGUUCUGCUUCGUCCAUCUGAGCGUUCAGGAGUUUCUGGUUGCUCUUCAUGUCCAUCUGACCUUCAUCAACUCUGGUGUCAAUCUGCUGGCAGAAAAACAAUCAACCUCCCGGCGGUCUAAAGUCUUCAGAGACAAACCUAAACUAACACAUCUCUACCACAGUGCUGUGGACGAGGCCUUACAGAGUCCAAAUGGACACCUGGACUUGUUCCUCCGCUUCCUCCUGGGUCUUUCACUGCAGACCAAUCAGACUCUCCUACGAGGUCUGCUGACACAGACAGGAAGUAGCUCACAGAUCAAUCGGGAAACAGUGAAGUACAUCAAGAAGAAGAUCAGUGAGAAUCCGUCUCCAGAGAGAAGCAUCAAUCUAUUCCACUGUCUGAAUGAACUGAAAGAUCGUUCUCUAGUGGAGCAGAUCCAACAGUACCUGGGUUCAGGAAGUCUCUCCACAGAUAAACUCUCUCCUGCUCAGUGGUCAGCUCUGGUCUUCAUCUUACUGUCAUCAGAAAAAGAUCUGGAAGUGUUUGACCUGAAGAAAUACUCUGCUUCAGAGGAGGCUCUUCUGAGGCUGCUGCCAGUGGUCAAAGCCUCCAACAAAGCUCUGUUGAGUGGCUGUAACCUCUCAGAGAGAAGCUGUGAAGCUCUUUCCUCAGUUCUCAGCUCCCAGUCCUCUAGUCUGAGAGAGCUGGACCUGAGUAACAACGACCUGCAGGAUUCAGGAGUGAAGCUGCUGUCUGCUGGACUGGAGAGUCCACACUGUAAACUGGAAACUCUCAGGUUGAGUGGCUGUAACCUCUCAGAGAGAGGCUGUAAAGCUCUGUCCUCAGUUCUCAGCACGAAGUCUUCUAUUCUGAGAGAGCUGGACCUGUGCAACAACAACCUGCAGGAUUCGGGAGUGAAGCUGCUGUCUGCUGGACUCCAGAGUCCACGCUGUACACUGGAAACUCUCAGGUUGAGUGGCUGUAAUCUCUCAGAGAGAAGCUGUGUAGCUCUGUCCUCAGUUCUCAGCUCCCAGUCCUCUAGUCUGAGAGAGCUGGACCUGAGUAACAACAACCUGCAGGAUUCAGGAGUGAAGCUGCUGUCUGCUGGACUCGAGAGUCCACACUGUACACUGGAAACUCUCAGUCUGUCAGGCUGUCUGAUCACAGAGGAAGGCUGUGCUUCUCUGGCCUCAGCUCUGAUCUUCAACCCCUCCCAUCUGAGAGAGCUGGACCUGAGCUACAAUCAUCCAGAAGACUCAGGGGUGAAGUUGCUGUCUGCUGGACUGGAGGAGCCACACUGGAGACUGGACACUCUCAGGGUGGACCAUGGUGGAGAGCAGAGGUUAAAACCUGGUCUGAGGAAGUAUUUCUGUGAACUCACACUGGACACAAACACAGCAAACAGAAACCUCAAACUGUCUGACAACAACAGGAAGGUGACACAUGUGAGAGAGAAGCAGCCAUAUUCUGAUCAUCCAGAGAGAUCUGACUACUGGCCUCAGCUGCUGUGUAGAAAUGGUCUGACUGGUCGUUGUUACUGGGAGGUCGAGUGGAGAGGAGGAGUUUCUAUAUCAGUGACUUACAGAGGAAUCAGAAGGAGAGGAGAGAGUAAAAACUGUGUGUUUGGAUGGAAUGAUCAGUCCUGGAGUCUGUUCUGCUCUGAUGGUCGUUACUCUGUCUGUCACAAUAACAGAAGAACAGACCUCCCUCUGUCGUCCUCCUCCUCCUCCUCCUCCUCCUCCUCCUCCUCCUCCUCUAACAGAGCAGCAGUGUAUGUGGACUGUCCUGCUGGCACUCUGUCCUUCUACAGAGUCUCCUCUGACACACUGAUCCACCUCCACACCUUCAACACCACAUUCACUGAACCUCUUUAUCCUGGGUUUGGGUUCUGUAAUGACUCCUCAGUGUCUCUGUGUUCUGUGUAGGAGGGAGACAACUUCCAGUCCUGUGGUUUAAAUGUUGGUGGUGGACGAGGCUUCACUUUGGUUAACAUCUGGUUCACUGAUUGUGCCUUUAAUGUCAGAAAUGUGUUUUCUUAGAAAUGGUGAAAUGAUCUCAGGGCUGAACUUGUUGUGUACAAACUGUGUUGACUCUGAUUUUCACUUUAAUAAAGUUUUCUUGGAGCAGCAUCUAGUAGCUGCUGAUGGCUGCAGAGCUUCUCAUUUAUUUCAAUAAAGGUUUGAAGACAAAAACUCAA